UCCUGCUGCCUGCUUGUUAUUUUCUGCAACAAGAUGGCUGUCGUUCCUGAGAGCGGAGUCCUCACUUUCAGCGUUUUUAAAUGGAGCUCUUACUCCUCUACAUAUUUACCUGAGAAUAUCUUGGUGGACAAACCUAAUGAUCAAUCUUCCCGGUGGUCGUCUGAGAGCAACUACCCCCCACAGUUUUUAAUCCUGAAAUUAGAAAGGCCAGCAAUUGUUCAGAGCAUCACAUUUGGGAAGUAUGAGAAGACUCAUGUCUGCAACCUGAAGAAGUUUAAAGUGUUUGGUGGGAUGAGUGAAGAAAACAUGACCGAGCUUUUGUCCAGUGGCCUUAAGAAUGACUACAACAAGGAAACCUUCACCCUAAAGCACAAGAUUGACGAGCAGAUGUUUCCCUGCAGAUUUGUCAAAAUAGUGCCUCUGAUGUCUUGGGGUCCUAGUUUUAAUUUCAGCAUCUGGUACAUUGAGCUGCAUGGUAUCGAAGAUCCUGAUGUGGUUCAGCCCUGCCUUAACUGGUACAGCAAGUACAGAGAACAGGAAGCCAUCCGCCUUUGCCUCAAGCACUUCCGACAGCAUAAUUACACCGAGGCCUUCGAGUCGCUGCAGAAGAAGACUCGGAUAGCACUGGAGCACCCGAUGCUCACCCACCUGCACGAUCGGCUGGUGCUGCAGGGAGACUUUGAUGCCUGUGAGGAGCUCAUAGACAAAGCUGUGAGAGACGGUUUGUUUAACCAGUAUAUCAGCCAGCAAGAGUACAAGCCCAGGUGGAGUCAGAUCAUCCCCAAAUGCAACAAAGGUACAAGCGCCCAAGAAAUCAACCGAGACGACAUGAACAGUGAUGGCGACGACAAUAGGCCAGGGAUGAGGGGAGGACAUCAAAUGGUCAUUGACGUCCAGACUGAGACUGUUUACCUCUUUGGGGGCUGGGAUGGCACACAGGACCUGGCUGACUUCUGGGCUUACAGUGUUCAGGAAAACCAGUGGGCCUGCAUCUCCAGAGACACAGAGAAAGAGAGCGGUCCGAGUGCUCGUUCAUGCCACAAGAUGUGUAUUGACUCCCAGCGGCGUCAGAUCUACACACUGGGCCGCUACCUGGACUCCAGCGUCAGGAACAGCAAGUCUCUGAAGAGCGACUUCUACCGCUAUGACAUCAAUGCCAACACCUGGACGCUACUCAGUGAGGACACGUCAGCAGACGGAGGGCCAAAGUUGGUGUUUGACCACCAGAUGUGCAUGGACUCUGAGAAGCACAUGAUCUACACAUUUGGUGGUCGCAUCCUGACGUGUAAUGGCAGCGUGGAGGACAGUCGGACGUCAGAGCCUCAGUUCAGCGGCCUGUAUGCCUACCACUGCCAGGCAGGAACGUGGAGCCUCCUGCGGGAAGACUCAUGUAAUGCUGGGCCAGAGGACGUCCAGUCCCGCAUCGGCCACUGCAUGCUCUUCCACACGAGAAACCGCUGUCUGUACGUGUUUGGGGGUCAGAGGUCAAAAACGUACCUCAAUGAUUUCUUCAGCUACGAUGUGGAUGGAGACCAUGUCGAAAUUAUAUCUGAUGGCACCAAGAAGGACUCAGGCAUGGUGCCGAUGACGGGUUUCACCCAGAGAGCCACCAUCGACCCUGAGCUCAAUGAGAUCCACGUCCUGUCAGGCCUCAGCAAAGACAAGGACAAACGUGAGGAGAAUGUCCGCAACUCCUUCUGGAUCUAUGACAUCGCCCGCAACAACUGGUCAUGUGUGUAUAAGAAUGACCAGGCAGUGAAAGAAAACCCAAGUAAGGCUCUGCAGGAGGAGGAGCCAUGUCCACGCUUUGCACAUCAGCUGGUCUACGAUGAGAUGCACAAGGUUCAUUACCUGUUUGGUGGAAACCCUGGAAAAUCUUGUUCUCCUAAGAUGCGUCUGGAUGACUUCUGGUCCCUCAAACUGUGUCGACCCUCAAAGGAGUACCUCCUACGCCACUGCAGAUACCUCAUCAGGAAAUACAGGUUCGAGGAGAAAGCCCAGUCGGAGCCACUGAGUGCACUGAAGUACCUGCAGAAUGACCUUUCACUGACGGUGGACCACACAGACCCUGAUGAGACCAAAGAGUUCCAGCUUCUGCCCUCGGCUCUCUUCAAGUCCAGCUCUGACUUCAUCCCUCUUGGUUUCUCUGACGUAGACCAGACGUACGCUCAGCGGACACAGCUCUUUGACACGCUCGUCAACUUCUUUCCAGACAGCAUGACUCCACCCAAAGGCAACCUGGUAGACCUCAUCACGCUCUAGCCCCCACCCCGUCACCUCACCCACUGGACUGACUGCACACCUGCCCAUCCAUGCACCUGAUGGGAUGCAGGAGACAGAGACCAGUUAUUUUUCUACUCCUGAGCGCUGCUGGUAGGAUUCCACUUCAUCUGGGUCUCCAUCAGACAUCCCUCCUGCUGUCACAGUCUGUUACCUGCUGGUGAAGGUCCUAAACACAAACACAAACAACACUGUGCUAGCUGGAUAUGAGCCAAACUCCACAACCUGAGGUUAUGUGUUUUUCUUUUCCCAAGAUAUCUCCUUGGUUUUUUUCUUGCUGAUGGAAAUUUCUAGGAGCUCACAGAGGGCCUCUAAACUCUGCCAGACAUCGCUUUUUUUCAUCUUCACAGAAUUUUUUUCCCCCAGCAUUGAUAAGGCCAAAAAAAGGAUGCGCACACAUUUGUUUGCAGAAGAUUUUUCCAUUGAUUUUUAAAAAAAAAAAUUUUAUGUAAGUGUUGAAUUUGUGCUUUGUACCCACCCAAACACCCACACAGUUGACCACAGGUAUCCAUCCAUGUUUGGAGCAAAACAAAUAAUGAGAUGACAUCUGUUCAGCCCAGAUGAUCAGUUCAGAUUCACUGGGUGUAAAGUUAUUUGAAGGCAGGACGGUGUGACCGUGACGCAGGAAACUGCUCAGCUUUCCAUGGCUACAGGCUACUCUGUUCUUUCGGUAACAUGAACGUUAAAUCUUAUCUUCACUUCAGUUUUGAUUAUUUGAUUCACUCUCUUUUCUGCAACACAUGCCCCCAAUUAUGUUAGUGAUGGCUAUGCAGAGGCAAAAACUAUUGAAUAGUGUUUUAGUAACAAAAGAGAAAUGAUUCUAUGAGAUAAAGUUUAGUAUAUAUCUAUCUGCUUUCUAUGGGUUGGGGUUGUUAUCCCUGUAAAACUGGCUGGUAAAAAGUUGCAUUUACUCCACUGAGACUCUAGAGAAAGUGUUGUGAUUUUCCUCACCAGUUAACAGACACUUGGACUCAGUGGUUAAAUAGUGUACAGAAUAUGUAAAUAUACAUAUACAGGAUACUUUAGGAUUGAACCAAUUCUGUGCCGGAUCAUGUUUACGUUCCUCUUUAUCGAAAAAUCAGGCUCCAUGUAUAACGUGUAACUUUCUGGCUCACAUUAUUACUUAAUGGAAAGAAUGUCAAAUGCUUGUGUGUGCGUAUGUGCAUGCACUGUGCUGGUGCCACUAUUCCAGUGGGAACAGGCAUUUUGUGUAAUAAUGUGCGAACAAGAUGUUGCUUCAGUGUGAUGAAUUAAUGGGUGAUAGGAUUAGUGUCUCCCUGAAAAGAUUAGUUAAGUAGACAGCAGGGUUAAACAACUUUGUUGUUUUGUUUUUUUUUCAACAUGGACCCUAUAUUCCCAUGUUUUUCUUAGUGAGAACAACAGUUUUUGAAGUUGGUGGAAACAGCUGCAGUGUAAGCACUCAGGGCAUGUGAGCACUCUCAAUUCUUGUCCAUUACACAAGUGACUGACAACACUGCAGAAAGGACUCUACAGACAAAUGAAAGUUUUUUGUUUUUAUCAGAUCUUUCACUUUUCUGCUCCGUUGUUUUCAAGUCCUUCUCAAGGAGAAGUAUCAUUCUGAAAUCUCACAACAGCUGACUUGUUGCAGGAAGAAAAACACUGGAAACAUUAAAAAGACAAAACAACACCUGCAGCCAGAAAGGACAGCUCUUUCCUCAACUUCAGAUUCAAAAUGUUUUCAUAUUGGUGCAGUUUAAGUCUUUUUAGUAAACUAACUCUGAGUGCCAUGUUUCCCUCUUCCCCCCUCUGCUGAAAUGUGAUCUCUGUCAUGUUAGGACACCUGCCACCUGGAUCGGUAGUAAACUACACAUGACCUCUAUGACACUAGUACGUUUAAAAACAUAUUAUAUUAAUCACACUGUCAUAUUACUUAUUACUAAUGCAAUUUGACUUGGAUUUAGUGCUGUGACUGAGGCUACUUUUAAAAUUGCCAAAAUGCAUCAAAAGGACAAAUGCCGGUUUGCAUAAAUCAGAGUGGUUUAAACCUGUACACCAGAUGGGCCAGAAAUGGACCCAACUCUAGAAACAUUAAUAAGAGCUGCAGAGAGGAAUGCUGAUAGUAGUGUGAUGUGUUGGAGUACAGAAAGUGUAUCUCAUGUAGUUGGAUAUUUAGCUCAUUUCAAGAAUGUGGAAAAGUCUGAGAUUUCACAAUGGGACUUCUCCUUUAAUGUGACAUGGACACAAAGCUGACCAGAGCAAUAGAGAGGAAAGGAAAAGUAAACCACUCUAGAAUCUUCUAGUGAUGUUAUCGGACGUUACUAGACAUUACUAAACAGUCUGAGCCUGUCAGAGGCAAAAACAAGCACUUUUAAUAGCAUAAACUGAUGUUGUGUUGUCAUGGCAGGGUGUUUUGCUGCUGAAAGCUACAGUGCUUUCACGGAAUACUUUUGGAAAGGCCCCUUGAAAGUCAGAGAUUUGAAUUAUCAGUUGGAGACCAUCAGUCAACAGAUUGCUUCAAGUCAAGCAGUCCAUUUUUUUCUGUGCAGUUUACAUCUGAGGAUGUUUUGUUCCCCAGAUUUUGCUGUGGAGUGAGUGCUCUUGACUUUCAAGCUGCUCUCUUGAGAGCUGCAGACCUGCAGGCAGCGGCACAGAGGAUGAGAGAGGAAAGACCUUUUGCUGGAAGUGGUAAAUUUACAGCUCACAGCAACUUAAUAUGCUGCUGUCUCUGCUGUUUGUUUGAUAUGUAGUGUCAGAUAAAUGUUGCACAUUAAUGACCGCAGCUAGCUUGUUUAAUAUACUACAUGAAUUCUCCUGUCACACUGAUUGCCCACUAAACCCAUUCAAACUCAAAACUGUGUGGAAAACAAAAUUAAUCAUCGAUUACUCAUAUUGAACUGCCAAAUAUGAUUUCACUGACAAAAGUCUGAGUCAGGUACAGCCCUAGAGUUUAGGGUCCGGGUUGAUAAAUAUCAAAGCUUCCCUUAAUGCAGAAGCAGCCUACCCUCUGCAGAAUCCAUUACAAUCAUGUCAUGGACAGACUUGACAGGUAUUAUGCCACAAAAUGGUCUUAAUUUAAAGGCUUAUUUAUUAUAUUUGAGGAUGACAUGAUCCUCGACUUACUCACAAAGGAACUGCAACUUCAUGUGUCAGAAGACUGAAGAAGGCAGAACACCAUAUGGCUCCUACCAACACAGUAACUUUGGUGUGUCUUACACAGUUUUCAUGUCACCAGGUGUCAAAUAUUGGUUGUGACAUUACUAAAAACAAAACUGCACCACCGCAUUGGGGGUAAAGAAAAGUGUGCUGUCUAUCUUAAAAGCAAGUUUCUAAUGUCUGAAUGAGCAGAAGUGGUCAGGGUGAUGGUUGUUUCCCAGCACACAGGUGAGCUCAUUUCAGAAGUCUGGCUCAUCUACAGAUGAUCAGGAUGAGCUGUAAGUCUGGCUGCAGGAGCCCCUCCCUGCUCACAGACUGAGGUGUUGACCAGUUGCAUGCUUUUAAGUUGAAGUUGAAGAGUUUCUCUCUGUUGUCAGCAGGUCAGUCUUGGGGUCCAUGUGCACUGGUGCUCUCUAUGACGCGUCAACAUCUCUGUCACUUUUCUCGUUCAUUGUCUUCAAUGACUCUCAGACAGAUGCUAACAGAUUUUUCAGUGCACAUGUGAUUACUUACAUCAUCAACAAAUGCUAUUGUUCAGUGGUCAGAUGAGCUCACCACAUGAUUGUCUCUUGCAUUUCUACAUUUAUUACAACACUGCAUCCCCAGUGAUCCCUGGCUCAUCUUAUGCCACUGUUAACCACAAUCUGUGCAUCAUUAGUUUAUCGGGUCAAGCCGCUGUGAACAUUGUCAAACUGCUUUCAUAUUAAGCCAAACACCGCUCAGUGUCUACACUGAUCGCUGGUGUAUCAGUGACACUAGUUACUCAAUUAAUAAGUGUACAAACAUGAUAUCAUAUUAAUCACGCUGUCAUAUUGCUUAUUGCUAAUGCAAUUAGAGUUGGAUUUAGUGCUGUGACUUUGGUUACUUCUAAAAUUGCCAGAAUUUGCCAUAAGGACAAAUGCCAGUUCAGCUGGUUUGCAUAAUUUUCAAACCGAAAAUCAAUCCAGCUCUAUAUAUCAGUUCUGUCACUUGAUGGUGAAUUUAAAGAUCCUAUUUUACAGUAUUUUGACUGAAGGGUCAUGUUAAAUCAGAGUGAACUCCAGUGUUUGAGUCACAACACUAACUCAUCAGACAUGAAUGAUGUGGAUAUUUUUAACUUUGGACUAAGUGAGGCUAGCUCUUUCCCCCUGUGUCUACUCUUUAAGCUAAGCUAAGCAGCUACUGGCAGUUGCUCCAAUCUUCCCAUCAAAGCAGCAAAUGGACCAAUAUGUCCAAAUGUCUUUGUAAGGGUGCAUGAUUUGUAGCAGAUGAGCUGGAGUUUGCAGAAGCAGAAUAAACACUGGGAUGGUCCUUUGAGUUUCAGACAGGAGCUGAGUCUGACAGUCUGAGCACAAGUGUUGAUGUUUAAAUGCACUUCAUUGUGUUUGGUAAAUUCAGCUGGGAUGCUUCCUGACUUGUUUUUAAACUCAUGAGUCUGAAGUGUUUAAGGCCCUCAUGGUGCUGUGUUUGCAGUGCUAGUGGGUGAAGAGUCCAGCUGCUGUGUUUCACUCCCGCUGCACAUGAGCUCCUCUGUCAGACAGUUAACAAGAAGCCAGUGACAGAAGCGCCCUGCUGCUCUCACAGACUUCACUAAAUUCCCUAAAUUGGCCAGUGGAGGAAAGAUUUCACCCAUGUUGCUUGAUAAUUCUCUUAAUAUUUGGUGGUUUUUAUGUGUCAGUGUUCUGUUGGAGGGUGAUGCCGUGUGCAUUAUGUGUCACUUCAUGUAUGUUGCCCAUGCUUCUGCUGCCCUGAUCUCUACCCAGUGGAAACACAUGAGUUAUGUAUAAAGUGUGAGGGAUAAUUUAUGAUACUUUGACAAUAUGUAAGACUCAUCAUGCUUGCCGUAGCAUUUAUUUUUAUUUCGUGCCAGAAGAAAACUGAAAGAGACUAAUUGAAAGCACUUUUGUAAUGAAAGAAAAAAAAACUCACACCAUGCCAAAUACUACUUUUACUUUUGCUAUUUUCGGGUAAAUCUCCUCCACAAAACAUUUGAUGGAAGGGAUGUUAUUGUUUAAUUUUCUGUCUUUUACUCCUCCCAUCAGGCCCUUCUCUUGACCCCUGGGUGGGACUCAGGAGUCUUGAGGCUGGUACUCACUGCUCUUUGGAUACAGUGAAUGUGUAGAAAGCCUUGUAGUAUUGCAUUGUAUGUACUGUAUAUAAUGAAUAAAGAUUGUAUUUUGUUCAGGUUUUCUUACCUCAUGUCUCUGUGCUGUUUCUGCCCCCUGGUGGCCAUGUGCAGCUGUUACUGACAGCCCAACAUCACAGGACAACAGGUGGAAAAACACUGCCUUUAUUUGCAAAUCUCAACAGGUAGAACAACGAAUUUACAGCUUCCAGUGUAUCAGACCCCUGCUGUUUGCCUUCAGCAGCAAACAAACCAUAAAUACAUCAAAUACUGCUAACAUACUUUGGUGAAAAUAUCACAGCUAUAAUAAGGUGAGUGAAACUGUAGACACACACACAAAUAAUACAAAGCAAACGGAAGGUGGAUUGGAGUGCCCAAGGUGACAAUUUACUUGUAUAUAAGUACAUAUAUAUUAACUUCUUGAGGGGUUUAAAAGGAAGAAAAUUGUUAAAUUGAACAGAAUCCAAAACAAACAAAAAAAAAUUCAUACAAAAAGGUGCCCAGGCUUUGCUGUCAGAGGUUUAAUAUUGCUCAAGAUGUCCUAAAAUCUCAUAACUCCACCCCUCCACAGCAGCAAUGGUGACAAAAUAACAACUAUUUACAGUGUUUGCCUUAUACAUGGUUUUAAAAACAAAAUCGUCAACAAACUCUAUUUUUCUUCUAUGCUCCUAAAAAAUCUCAGCCUGCCGUGCAGCUCGACUGAGACAGACUGAGAGAAACGUUUAUUGGUAUUGUUAUUGGCCUCAGAAAAUACUGUAAUUUUGAUGUAGUUUAAGGUUAAUUCUGCAUAAUUAUAACCUGGUCGUUCUACUAUCUCUGCGAUGUAAAAAUAGUUACAUUGUCCAGCAGGGCAUUAAGCAUUAGCUGACCUGAUAUUUCAAUUUAUCUGGAAGAGAAAAACAAAUGCGCACAGAAACAUCAUCACCAAACUGUCUGUGGUAAAUGGCCACAGGUUAAAUACUGGAGGCCUUUUUACUCAGUCUCCAACUGGAGAUCUUUUUCUUUGACUUCGAGACAGAUGGAAUAAGGGAGAGCAGGGUCGGUGGAGACACUUUGGUAGUGACAUAAAAUAACCGUCCAUUACUCACAGACUACUGUAACAGCAAUAGAAAUAGUUGGAUCCCUGAACGGGUACAGUUCAGUACCGUCAGUACCCGUUAGUACUGAACUGUGUUGCUUUACAAACAUCGAUAAACUAAAUCAACCUGCUUGAAAGCUAAGCGAUUUCUUGUUGUGGACAGGGCCGCAGCAAAACAUAUUAUAGCCACCUGAAAUAAAUAAAUACCAGUUUAAGUGUUCAGAAUAUUUGAAUAUUGUCUCCUCGUUGCCUUCCACAACUGUUGAUAGAGGCAGUGGCAGAGCAGCAGCUCCGCCGUUCAGUGGAGUGAAAUGACUGAGCCUGUUGUUUAUGUGAGAACGGCUCCAAAUCUCCGACAGUCUGACAGCAAGGUAAAGUGCUACUCUAAAUAGAGCGUACACUCAAACUGAUAUAUAUAUAUAUUUUUUUGGUGGCUUAAAACUAAUCAAUGAAGGCAGAGUUAGAUCAGCGCCGUUUGAUUAUAUGUACGUGACGGUUUUCUACCCGCAUGUUGCUGUAAAUAAACAUUAUGAUUGAGUGUAUAACAGACAGUGGGUCUCUACAUCCCAGGAAGGCUGAAACUGAAGAAUCCGUUGGGACGUUUUGUUUGGGGGAAAAAAUGAUUUAAAAAAUCGUUAAAAUUGAAAAAUAAAAGGUCUAAAAUUUGAACGCCUCAUAUCCACGGUGUCAUUUGUCUACGCAUCUCUUUUAAAAAGGCAUUUUUAAAAAUAUUAUAUUUUCAUAAAUGACUGAGAUGGGAAAUAUGUCUGUGUCCAGUCUUCAUUUCAGUGGCUGCUGUCAGCCCAGUGUGAUCACCACAGACUGCAUGUGGAUGAUAAGUUAAUGUAAGCUCUUUGGUUUGUUUCAUUUUGGAAAAAAAUAGUAAAUUACAAUAACCUGACUUUAAGAAAUGAAACACCUGAAGCUUACACAGUUAAAAUAUGACCCGGGGCUGAACUGCAGGCCUUAAUGUAUGUUAUGGUAGAAGAAAAAUAACAAUAGAUCAAAAGAUUUACUUUGACCUUGCAGAUGUCAGAACAGUGAAAAAAAGGUGAGGAACAGGUGAAGGUCUCCACAGUGAUGCUGACAGGGAACGACAUGGGUACAGCUUUCUAACUUGCCAGAAAGUCCCUGUCCCAACAGACCCUGCUCUCCGCUAUGUAACAUUUUCUCGAACAGCGCCCUCUGUGGUGUGAUGUGGUAAGUACAUAAUAAAGGACAAUAUAUUUCCCUUUAUUUCCUAGCAUCCUCAAGUUGAUAGCUUUCAGACAUUUUUGCCCAGGCAACCUGACAGAGAGCAAGCUGAAUGUGACCACAGGCAGGAUACAGCAUACAGAUUGUGUCUCCCGGAGAGGCAUUUCCUCGU